GUGCUGCGGCGCCUGGAUCGUGGUCCAUACACGUGUAGAGUCAGUUAGAGGAUAGAUGAGACUGUAGGGGAGCACAACAACAAGCGGUGCUAUUUGGAUCGACAUUUUGUUCCUGGCAAAAGGUCUUGCGAGCUGUUUCAAAGUCCACCAUUUGUUUUCUAGAGCUGCUCUGGCUGAAGAAUAUCUUGAUACAUGAGCAGAAUGAUGAAAUACAUCUUGGUUACUGGAGGAGUCAUAUCGGGCAUCGGCAAAGGCAUCAUUGCCAGCAGUGUGGGCACCAUCCUGAAGUCAUGCGGUCUGCACGUAACAGCCAUCAAAAUCGACCCUUACAUCAACAUAGAUGCAGGAACAUUUUCACCCUAUGAGCAUGGGGAAGUAUUCGUGCUGGAUGAUGGAGGUGAGGUGGACUUGGAUCUAGGUAACUACGAACGUUUCCUGGAUAUCCGGCUCACCAGAGACAACAACCUGACCACUGGCAAGAUCUACCAGUCAGUCAUCAAUAAAGAGAGGAGGGGAGACUACCUGGGCAAGACUGUGCAGGUGGUUCCACACAUCACAGAUGCCAUUCAGGAAUGGGUCGUAAAACAGGCCAAAGUACCAGUUGAUGACGAUGAUGUAGAACCUCAAGUCUGUGUAAUAGAGUUAGGAGGCACCGUGGGAGACAUCGAGAGCAUGCCUUUCAUUGAGGCCUUCAGGCAGUUCCAGUUUAAAGUGAAGAGAGAGAACUUCUGCAACAUUCACGUCAGUCUGAUACCACAGCCCAGUGCAACAGGAGAGCAAAAGACCAAACCAACACAGAACAGCGUCAGAGAGCUGAGAGGACUGGGUUUGUCCCCUGAUCUGAUCAUGUGUCGCUGUUCCACCGCUCUGGAGAACUCCGUCAAAGAAAAAAUCUCAAUGUUCUGCCAUGUAGAACCCGAACAGGUCAUCUGUGUGCACGACGUGUCGUCCAUCUACAGAGUCCCGUUACUGCUGGAGCAGCAGGGCGUGGUGGGCUACCUGAGCAGGAGGCUGAAUAUGCCCAUCGAGACCCGACCCAGAAAAAUGCUGACCAAAUGGAAGGAGAUGUCUGACAGGUCAGACAGACUGCUGGAGCACUGCUCUAUAGCUCUGGUUGGGAAGUACACCAAAUUUUCCGACUCAUACGCUUCUGUUAUCAAGGCCCUGGAGCACUCGGCCCUGGCCAUCAGCCAUAAACUGGAGGUUAAGUAUAUCGACUCAGCCAAUCUGGAGCUGAGCACUCUGCAGGAGGAACCAGUGAAAUACCACGAGGCCUGGCAGAAACUCUGCAGUGCUGAUGGCAUCCUGGUUCCAGGAGGGUUUGGUGUCAGGGGAACCGAGGGGAAGAUUCAGGCCAUCAACUGGGCCAGGAAACAGAAAAAACCCUUUCUAGGUGUGUGUCUGGGGAUGCAGCUGGCUGUAUGUGAAUUUGCCAGGAACACACUCGGCUGGGCAGAUGCCAACUCCACUGAAUUUGACCCAGAAUCAAAGCAUCCUGUGGUGAUCGACAUGCCAGAACACAACCCGGGUCAGAUGGGUGGAACCAUGAGGCUCGGGAAGAGACGGACCAUUUUCAAGUCUAGCAGCAGUGUAUUACGCAAACUAUACGGAGACGCAGAAUAUGUGGAUGAGCGGCACAGGCAUCGCUUUGAAGUCAAUCCUGAGCUCAAGAGUCACUUUGAAGAGAAAGGAUUCCGCUUCGUGGGUCAAGACGUCGAAGGAGAAAGAAUGGAGGUCAUAGAGCUGGAUGAUCAUCCAUAUUUCGUGGGAGUGCAGUAUCACCCCGAGUUCACCUCUCGCCCCAUCAAACCAUCACCCCCAUAUCUGGGCCUGCUGCUGGCUGCAGCCGGGAAGCUGCAGAGCUACUUACAGAAGGGCUGCCGUCUGUCUCCAAGGGAUACGUACAGCGACCGAAGCGGCAGCAGCACCCCAGACUCUGAGAUAUCAGAGUUAAAAUUGCCUUCCAACACAAAUGAAUGACUUAGAGUGAAGGUUCUGGACUGGUUGACUCCCUAGAGGAGUGACCAAGGCUGAUUCUUCAGUGCAGAAGACUACAGGCUGAAGUCAGUUUCAGUCUGAAUGAACUGUGAUGCUAACGAAGAACUGCCUCCUAUAAUCAGCAGCAUCUAUUCACCCUCACAUUGUCCACUCUACACUAUUGUGGCCUUAUUGUAAAUAUGUCCUGCUACAUGGAACUACAUCUUAUUCAAAAGUCGUCUUCAAGAAUGUGAAUGCAAGAUUGAAUAUAAAUAAAGGGAUUCUCAAAA